AGAAAACUUUUUUGUUUUGUUUUUAAAAGGCCGACGGUUUUGGACCAUAAUAAUAUUUGCAGCAGCCUUAACAGUGAAGGGCCAGUGGUCCUGCAGGUUUUUGUCGUCCGUGUGACUGCUAGGCCUGGAGUCUACCGCUGCCACCACAUACACAAACACUCAGAGCGUCAUGUUUGGGCUCCCUCUCAGGCUCUUGCUGGAAGUGGCAGGACACACUUGACGUCUACACUGUGUGUGACUCACGGCGAAGAAAGUGUUUGCUUCCACUCACUAGUUCCAGCGCGCGCCAAGACGUACUCACAUAAAUAGCCCAUGGAACGCACGGAGUAGCCCUGGAUGGCACGAUGAAGAACAGAGUCAACAACAACAGCAACAGUAACAGCUACAACAACAACAACAACAACAAAUCGAGAUGGAGUGAUGAGGACACCACAGAGUCUAGCAGAGCCACGUUUUUCCUCGACAGAUGUCUUCCCGUCCCUGUCCUCAGCCCGGCGGUGGCAGCUGUGGUGGUGUUCACCGCGGCCGUCGUCUGCUUUGCCAACAGCUACGACGGAGAGUUUGUCUUUGAUGACUCCGAGGCCAUCGAGGCGAACAAGGACCUCCUUCCCUCCACGCCGAUCGGCGACCUGCUGGUUCACGACUUCUGGGGUCGGAAACUGACCAACGCCAGCCACAAGUCGUACAGACCCCUCACGGUGCUCACCUUCAGAUGGAGCUACUGGCUUGCGGGCGGCUUGCACCCGAUUGGUUUCCACGUGGCCAACAUUGUGCUGCACGGCGUGGUCUCCGUCCUGUCUCUGCCAAUGUUUGACCUGCUCUUCUCCGGCUGCUACACGCACGCUCGGCCGGGAGAACGCGCCGCGCCCAGGGGAUCCUUUCUGUGCGCCCUUCUGUUUGCGACCCACCCCGUGCACACGGAAAGUGUGUCGGCGGUGGUGGGACGAGCGGACCUGUUGUGUGCUCUUUUCUUCAUCCUCUCCUUCCUGUCCUACGUCCAUGGGGCAACACAAGAUAGCAGUAGACAACCGUCGAGCUUUUCCCUGGCCUGGCUGUUAGUCUCUGUGCUGCUCUGUGCUAUGGCUACUUUCAGCAAAGAACAAGGAAUCACUGUCAUGGGCGUGUGUGUGGCGUUUGACGUGCUGUGCAUCUGUCAGGUCGACUUGGCCUCUGUGUUCGGCCAAAGCCAGUCAGACACGUCUCCGGAUACAGACGGGACCACCGGCCAUUCUAAUGGCUCGGCCGGCAGUAAGAAGUGUGCAAGUCCCCAUGCAGCAUCAUGGCAACGUUCGCUGGCGGUGCGUGUGUCGCUGAUGGUGGUGUCGACACUGGCGCUGCUGUGGCUCAGGUUCCAGGUGAUGGGCUCCUCCCCGCCAACCUUCCAGGUGCACGACAACCCGCACUCCUUUGUCGACGGGUCUCUCUACCGGGUAUGUUAUCAUGUCUUAAACUCCUUUGUGGACAGCUCUCUUUACCGGGUAUGUUAUCAUGUUGUACGGUUUAUGUAUUAUAUAUACACUCCUUUGUCCGUUGCUUUCUCUAUUGGGUACCUUGUAAUGUUGUACGGGGUGUGUAUACACUCUUUUGUCGACGGCUCUCUCUACCGGGUACGUUGUAAUGUCUUAAACUCCUUUGUGGACAGCUCUCUUUACCGGAUUGCGCUAAAUCUGGCCCUUAACCUGGCGAUGCUGGUGGUCCCGUUUGUGCCGGCCAGCAACCUUUUCUUCCGCGUGGGCUUUGUGGUGGCGGAGCGCGUGUUGUACCUUCCGCUGGUGGGCUUCUGUGUGCUGGUGGUGCACGGCAUGGCUCGUCUCUGUGGCAGCGCUCGCCACAGGCAGAAAUGUCUGGCUGGGUUUGUUCUGCUUCUGGCUGUGUUCAUGGGUCGUUCCAUUCAGAGAAGCAAUGAAUGGAGAAGUGGAAUGACUUUGUUCAGGUCUGGCGUCAGCGUCUGCCCACUGAAUGCCAAGACUCCUGGCGGACAGCGGGGAGCCUCACCAAGCCGUGGAGAGAUACAGGCAUGCUGUACAUCUGAACCCAGUAUACGACCAAGCCAUGAACAACCUGGCCAACAUCCUCAAGGACCACGGACAGGAUGUGGAGGCGGAGCACUGGCUGGACAAGGCCGUCGCCAUCACGCCUGAGUUUGCGGCAGCGUGGAUGAACCGCGGCAUCGUGAAAGCCUCGCUGAAGAAGUACGAGGAGGCGGAGCAGAGCUACAGGCAGGCCCUGAGGCACCGUACCUGGAGUUACAGAGGAGCCAGGAAGCACUGACGGCCUACCAGAACGCCACCAUGCUCCGUCCCAGCCACUGGAACGCCUGGAACAACGCAAUUCUCCUCCUGGAUAACCUCAAUCUGUACGACAAGGCUAUCACGAUGGCUCAGGCGGCCUUGAAGAUCCUCCCCGAGCACCCGUCGCUCAUGUACAGCCUGGCAAACGUCUACGGCAAAAAGGGCGACUAUGCGCAGGGAGAGAAGUGGUACCUGGCCAUCCUCAGGAUGGACCCAAACAACGCCAACUACCACCUGAAUCUGGGCGUGCUGUACCACCGGUGGGGCAAGCUGAAGGAGGCGGAGGUCGCGUACCACAAGUCCCUGGCCCUUCAGCCUGACCACCAGACGGCCAUCGACAACCUAAACUUGCUGCGAGCGAAGAUGAAGACAGAUGCGUCCAGAUAAUUUGAGACAGAUGCUUCAAGAUGAUCUGAGACAGAUGGAGGUUGUAGACCUGAAAUAGACACGUCCUGAUGAUUUGAGACCGAGACAGACGCGUACAGAUGACCAAAGACAGACACGCGUAGAUGACCAGAGACAGAUGCUUUCAGAUGAUUUGAGACAGAUGGAGGUUGGUGACCUGAGACAUACCGGGGUCGUUGACCCUAAGACAGACAGGGGUCGUUGAUCCUAAGACAGACAGGGGUCGUUGAUCCUAAGACAGAUCCUAAGUCAGACUGGGAUUGUUGACGGCAGUGGUCUGUGGCACGUACCACUUGUCAUGGUUUGAGAAAUUGUGAGGCGAACUGAGUAAACGAGUUAUUUCUCGGAUUUUAUCUCUAAGGAGAGCAAUACAUCAAAGUUAAUAGUUUUUACGAUUUAGUCAUAAGAAACGUUAGAAAUGUUAAACUUGGAGAAAGUGGCAUCUGUUGUAAGUCUACAAAUUUGACUCCUAUGUCAAGAUUUGGCGGGGUGCUGUGGUGUGGUUUGUUCCUUCUUUCCGAACGAACAUCUAUCGUCCUUGUUUCUCUUCCU